CCCUCCAUUUCCCGAUCGACCUCCCUUCCUCCUCCCCCGCCCCGUCCCCGACCUGCCCAGCGCCCGCCGCGCCAGAUUCGAAUCAAGCAAGCCAACCACCAGAGCCCCAGUCCAUCCAGUAAAAGCAGCGGGCAGGAAUCUCGGCGAGGUUCGCGGCCGCCGGUGCGUGGCGCGCAGGCAAGGUUGCCCUCUAUCGAUCAUCCGUCCGUCGCUCCGGCCUACGGAGUACAGAUAAUGGUGAGCGGCGGCGGCGACGGCGGCGCCGGCGCGGUGGACGAGCGCGGGCGCGGCGGGGCGCUGCUGGGCGAGUACGAGCUGGGGCGGACGGUCGGGGAGGGCAACUUCGGCAAGGUGAAGCUCGCGCGGCACCGCGGCACGGGUGCGCACUUCGCCGUCAAGAUCCUGGACCGCGCCCGCGUCCUCUCCCAGCGAAUCGGCGACCAGAUACGCCGGGAGAUCGCCACGCUCAAGCUGCUCCACCACCCCAACGUCGUCCGCCUGCACGAGGUUGCUGCUAGCAAAACCAAGAUUUACAUGGUGCUUGAGUUUGUCAAUGGGGGCGAACUGUUCAACAGGAUUGCCAUCAAGGGAAAACUCUCGGAGCAAGAAGGAAGGAGGCUCUUUCAGCAGCUGAUUGAUGGUGUCAGCUAUUGCCACGAAAAGGGUGUCUACCAUAGAGACCUCAAGCCUGAGAAUGUUCUUCUUGACACAAAGGGCAACAUCAAGAUAUCUGAUUUUGGCCUCAGUGCUUUACCACAACAUCUUGGGAAUGAUGGGUUGCUGCAUACAACCUGUGGUAGCCCCAAUUACAUUGCCCCUGAGGUUCUGCAGAAUAGAGGAUACGAUGGAUCCUUGUCAGAUAUCUGGUCUUGUGGAGUGAUUCUUUAUAUGAUGCUCGUAGGAUACCUUCCAUUUGAUGACCGGAAUAUCGUUGUUCUUUAUCAGAAGAUUUUUAAGGGUGACACUCAGAUCCCAAAGUGCCUUUCUCCUGGCGCACAAAAUCUUCUUCAGAGGAUUCUUGAGCCCAACCCAAUGAAGCGGAUCACCAUGGCUGAGAUCAAGACGCAUGAAUGGUUCCAGAAGGAUUAUGUUCCUUCUGUUCCCUUCGACAGCGAUGAUGAAGAUUCACAGCUUGAUGUAGUUCUUCCAGCCAAAGAGGAAAUUAAUCAACCACCUGCGGAUAAGACUACUCAUCAGAUCAACGCUUUUCAGUUGAUUGGAAUGGCAUCAUCCCUUGAUCUUUCAGGGUUUUUCGAGGAAGAGGACGUGUCUCAAAGGAAGAUCAGAUUCACAACAACGCAUCCACCUGAGGAUUUGUUCGACAAGAUUGAACGUUCUGCAAGCGAAAUGGGCUUCCAAGUACAGAGGGGGCACGGCAAGCUCAAAGUGACGCGGAACUGCACUGGAACAAAGAAUCCUAAGAACCCUGCCUCAUUUCUUGUCUGCACCGAGGUGUUUGAGCUUGGCCCCUCUUUGUACGUUGUAGAGCUCAAGAAGUCCCAUGGAGAGCCUGCACUGUACAGACAGCUCUGCGAGAGGAUCGGCAGUGACCUGGGUGUGUUCAAGAUGGAGCAGAUCUUUGGGACACGGCCGGUUGCCGAUGAUCUUGCGAGCUUGGACAAUCGAUCCGCGACGCCUUUGGUGGCAUUGUGACCAAGGCUGCCCCCCUGCCGUGAUGUAGCUUGAGAUCUAGGGAAGGCGAAGCAGUUCAGCUGCAAUGCAGCGAGGAACGGUUGUAGGAUCACAGUUCGCCUGAAAUAGGGGAGAAGAUAAAAUAGUGUAGGAUCAUGCAGUGUAAACAAUGCCAAACAGAAUGUGAAAUCAAAUAAAUGGAUUGUUUUCGGUGGCAUACAUCAA